CAAGUAUACAGGCGAUGCGUUGGCUGACGUCUUGGUCCGCGCUUGCGCUCGUGCUAGCAAGCCAACUCGCGAGUGUCUUGUCCUAUACCGUCCCACCCGGUUCUCCUGGAUUUUACCAUGGGAACUCGUCUGCGGCAGUCACGUUUGACGAGUACUCUCUAUUUCUCGACAACAAAAGGCUCUUCGUCUUCAGUGGCGAAGUGCACCCGUGGCGAUUGCCCACAGGGAAGGCUGGAUGGAGGGACAUCUUUCAGAAGAUGAAGGCCGCUGGAUGGAACGCCGUCUCCGUAUAUCUCCACUGGGGCCUCAGUGAAGGAAAGCAGGGAGAGCUGGAUUUUGAAUAUUACCGCUCGCACACCGACGUUUACGAGGUCGCCAAAGAAGUUGGCCUUCUGGUGAUCGUAAGACCCGGGCCGUACAUCAAUGCUGAGACAAUUGGCGGCGGUUUCCCCGGAUGGCUGACGAACAAUCCUGCCAAGGCGCGUACAAACGAGACUGGGUUCACGGACGCAUGGAUGCCUUUCAUGACAGCCGUGUCCAAGUUCGUGGAGCCUUAUCAGUAUCCGGACGGCUCCGUCAUUGCCAUCCAAUCCGAGAACGAAUUCUUCGAGUCGACGCCCUCCGACCCGGGACGGUCAGAGUACAUGCAGCUCAUCGAGGAUACCUACCGCGCCAACGGGCUCACCAAGAUCCCCAUCACCCAUAAUGAUGGCGGCCACACACGCGGGGUGUACGCUCCCGGCCAUGGCCUAGGCGAGGUGGACCUGUACACGUGGGAUAACUACCCCAACGGCUUUGAUUGCAGCAAUCCGAACAAAUGGACCGAGCUGUAUACUCAAUUGGAUAGUGAUCAUCAGAAUAUCGAUCCGGACUUGCUCUGGGCCUCUGGAGAGUUUGGCGGCGGCGCGUUCGACCCAUGGGGAGGGUCAAGUUACGACGCAUGCUACCAACUAACUAACGAACAAUACGCCAACGUCUUCUACAAGAACAAUUAUGCCGCAGAGACGCAUUAUCAGAAUCUCUACAUGACAUUUGGCGGGACAAAUUGGGGUAACCUAGCAGAGCCUACCGUCUAUACAUCGUACGACUACGGAGCGCCCAUACGAGAGGACCGUACGCUCUCGCCGAAGUACUACGAGCUGAAACUGCAAGCGGGCUUCCUGCACGCGUCGCCGGACUACUUGCUCGCGACGCGCGUGGGCAACGGCACGGUGGGCAGUGGCACAGCUUACUCCGAUAACCCCAGGGUGUACACGACCGCGCUGAGCUCCAGCACGGGCGUGCACUUCUACGUUGUCAGGCAUACGAGCAACAGUUAUCUUGCUCCCGUCAGCUUCUCCUUGCGCGUCAAUACUACGGAAGGCGAAAUCACAGUACCCCAGCACGGAGGAAACAUCACACUUGAUGGAAGAGAGAGUCAGAUCCUCGUCUCGGAAUACCCCUUCGGCUCGCAUACUCUCAAAUACUCUACUGCUGAGAUAUUCACGCACACAACAAUCGACGGCGUGGACUACCUGGUCCUCUAUGCUCAGGCGGGGCACUCCAUCGAAGCCGUCAUGUCUGGCUCUGGCUCUCCACAGGUCGUUGGGUCGGACACCAUCAAAGCAGAGUCAUCCAACGGCUCAGUCAUAAUCACCGGAACGCCCUCCGGUCUAUCCGGCGUCAUACUCGACGGCGCCAUAGUCAUCAUCGCGGACAAGCACGCCGCGUUGUCGUUCUGGAACAUCCGACUUCCGAGUGCAAACAACACGCCGUACGACGCGGCGCCCGAUGCCCCUUCUGUGCUCCUGUACGGCCCGUACCUCGUGCGCAACGCGUCGAUCACGGGGAACACGCUCGAGCUGUUCGGCGACAUCAACGCGACCAUCACGCUGGGCGUCAUCGCGCCCAGCAGCGUGAAGAGCGUCUCAUGGAACGGGAAACAGGUCGAGGUGAAGGGCGCUUCUGUGCCAGGCGUCUUCGAGGCGACGUUGGAGUUCGCGGAAGAGGUAACGCUGCCAAGUUUGAGGGAUGCGGAGUGGUACUGCGCGGACUCGUUGCCGGAGGUGCAGGCUGGGUUCGACGAUAGUGCCUGGGUGACGGCGAACAAGACGAGCACGCAGAGGCCGUACCAGCCGCUUGGCGGACAGUAUGUCGUGUAUGCGGAUGAGUAUGGGUUCCAUCAGGGGAACACCAUCGCCCGCGGGCAUUUCACAGGUACCAACGCGACUGGCGUCCAGCUUUCAGUCCAAGGAGGCUACAAUUUCGGAUACAGCGUCUGGAUCAACUCCAAGUUCCUAGGAUCUAGCCAGGGGACGAACCAGUACUCCGCGGGCGGAGGCGUUGACAUGACGAACGACACGUGGACGUUCGACCCCGCCGAUCUCACGGAGGGGGAUAACGUGCUCACCGUCGUGGUCGACCAAACUGGUCUGGAAGAAGAUUAUGACGGUGAUGAUACCUUCAAGACCCCUAGGGGAGUGAGAGGCUACACCCUCCUCGGCGGGACCGACUUCGCCUACUGGAAGGUGCAGGGCAACCUCGGUGGCGAGGACUUCGCGGACAAAGUGCGCGGGCCGCUCAACGAGGGAGGAUUAUUCGUGGAACGGCAAGGCGCUCAGUUACCGGGUUUCCCUGUCGAUUCCACAACGGGUUGGAACAAGUCUACGUCGGACGCAUCAUGUACUCCGUACGAUGGCAUGACCUCCGCGGGCAUUCGGGCCUAUCGCACGUCCUUCAACCUCAACCUGCCCGAGGGCAGCGACGUACCCGUGGCAUUGCAAUUUGAACGCACGCCGAGUAGUAGCUAUCGCAGCGUGGUGUAUAUCAAUGGGUGGCAGUUCGGUAGAUUCAAUUCUAGGGAUGGGCCGCAGACGUCAUUCCCGCUGCCCGAGGGUAUACUCAACCCGAGAGGAUCGAAUGAGUUGCUGGUCACGCUGUGGUCUCUGGACGGGGAGGGCGCGAAGAUCGCCGACCUGCAGCUGAACAACACCGCGCUGCUGCAGUCGAGCAAGGAGGUGGUCCCGGGCGGGGUUGUGGCCUCGCCGGGGUAUGGGGAGCUGAGGAGUUAGUCUGUUAGUUUUUCGGGCUGUUGGUGUGUGUAGUGAACCUUUUUGAGUGUGGCGUCGAACGUGUAUACUGCAACGGCUAUAGAUUAUGCGGAGCAGCGGCCGGUUGCAUUGCCAUAUUAGGUUCCCACCUUACCAGAAACAGUUAUGCAUUCCGUCCCUCCCCGGGAAUACACCGGCAGUGCCUGUCAAUGC